AUGAAUCUCUGGUCAAUCAUAGGAAUAUCUUUAUUGUGCGUCAGUGUUAUUGUUAUUAUUUGUGUUUUUGAAUAUUGUAGAAGAUAAAGGUAGGAAUAAAGCAGAAGAAUAGGUAUAAAAGAAUUUUUAUAAGAUGAAAGCCAAGAUAGAUUUUUGUAAGAUGAAAGCCAAGAUUACUGGAAUAUCUAUCAAAAUGAAGAUUUCAUAUCUAAAUAUCGAAAAGAUGAUAUGACUAUAUAAGAAGUAUAACCAAUAAAAAGCAAAAUAUCAAUAGAAUAACAAAUUAGUAAAUAACCAAUUAAACAAUAAAUAUAAACAUUAAAUUAAGAAAUCAUUAAAAUAGAUAAUAAUAUUAUUGCUACUUAUAAUCAAAAAUAAUACUAUAAACAUUAAUAUUAACAAUAAUUAUUCAAAAAAUUAAAAGAUUCAGGAGAAGUAAAAUAAAUACCUCAUGUAAAAUAGAAUAUUGAAGUUUCAAAUCCUGAAGUAGCACUUUAUGUUUUAAAAGAAUCAUUAUUAAGAGAUUAAAAUAGAGAAUUAUUAUAAACUAGUAAAUAAUAUUCAUUUGGAUUUGAUUCAAUUCUAGGUGCAUAUGGUUCAGAUUAAUCUUGUUUAAAGGUUAGAAAUACAAAUCUUGAUUAUGAUACAAUUGUGAAUGACAAUCAAUUAUUAGAAAAACAUUUAAUAGAAUUUAAAUAAAAACUAUCAAAUUCACUUAAUAUAUCAAUUGAUUAAAUUGAAAUUUUAGGAGUAUCAAAAGGAAGCUUUGAAAUUAAUUUUUAAAUUACAGGAAAAAAUUCAGAUGAGAUUUAAUAAGAGAUUAAGAAUAACCCAAAUGCAUAAAAAUUCUUAAAUGAAUAUUGCAAUGGUUAAGUUGAAUAUGUAGCAUACUUUGAUAAUACAAGAACUGCUGGGGCAAAAAACUCUACAGGAGUAGCUCUAUCUUCUGAUGAUUUUAAUAAAGAAUUCAAUAUGACUUGGGAUAAAUUACCUGAAAAAGAAUAAAGAGGACCUCCUUAUCAUAGAUAUGAUUAUUAUUUUCCAAAAGGUUGCUUUGGACUUGGAUUAAAAUUAAAAAAUUAUGGAAAUGAUGAUUGGAUAAAAAUGGAUGGCAACGCUAAUGAAUGGAGAAUUUUGUAUCAUGGUACUAAAAAUUUUGCUGUUAAUGGAAUUGUUAAAACAGAAUUAAAUCCUGGUUCUGGAUAAAAUCAUGCUGAUAAUGAUUGUAUAGAUGAAUUUGGAAAUAAAGUGAAGGUGGGAAAUGGAAUUUAUUUUUCAGAUAAAUAUACAGUUUGUGUUUAUGAUGGAAAUUAGUAUGCUCCGUUUACUUAAGUUGGUGAUAAAUAAUUUGCUGUUAUCUUUAUGUCAAGAGUAAAUCCAAAAAAAAUUAGAUAAAGUGAUUUAAUGAAGUUAAAAAAUUAUUUUGUUGUUAAUGAGUCAAAAGAUGUUAGAUCAUACAGAAUUUUAUUACAUGAAAAAAAAUGA